UGGAGAUUGACAUGUGACUUUUCACGAUGUCCAUGUCGCAAAUUUGAAGCCAUGGCCACUUCAGAGGACCUCCCAGGCUUUCGCAACGGGCGCACGAGACAAAUGUCAGAACAGGUGUCACGAAAAGGAAGCAAUGCAGGAAGCAAUGCCUCUGCACAAAAUGACAACGCUGCGCUGUGGGACUUGCUUACGAAGUCAGCCUUGAUCUUGGAGGGGGUGGACGAUGCAGGGCGGCUCAUGGAGUAUCGCCACAGGAACCUCCAAUGGCGGACUGGCCUGGCCAGCGGAGCCCAAGGGGAGGUGACCACUGCAGAUCAGCCGGCCAAGGGCUUUGUUCGAUGCCGCUCAUGGCCAAGCUUUGGUGACGAGCCAGAUAGGAGAAUAUGGAUGCUUAGCGCAGAGGUAGAGUCCAAUUUAAAGGCGAAUGCGCCUCGACUUUGGAAGCGUUUGCAAACACAUCUGGGCCAAGCCAUCCAGUACUUGGUGCUUAUGCUUGUGGUUGGUACCUAUGCAGCUUGUCCUUUGACAGUCUCGUGGGCAAAGAUUGUGGGCUUUGGAGAGGACGGUUUGCCGAUCAAGGGCCGCCCCUUCAAGGAAGGCUCUGUCAUCGUUGUUUCGUGGCUUCUAAUUUGCUUCGUCGGCCUCUCUUUGUCCUUCGUCAGUGGAGGGUGGAAGCAAGUAAGGCAUUGCUUUGAUCUCCAACACAUCAUCAUCUUCGCUCCUGCGGGCAUCGGUUGGGCCAUGGCCGACGUUUGUGAAGUCUUGGCCGUGGCCCGCAUCGAUCCGGCCACCUACGGCGUGCUGUCGCAGGGGCGCCUGUUGUCGAGUGCUGCGGCGGGCUGGAUUAUUUGUGGUGCCUGGCAGACUGGCCUUCAGUGGGGCAUUUUGGCAUGUUUGUCGCUGAUAUGCAUGGCAUAUUGCCUCGUUCCAGAUGAGUCGCGGCCGAACGCAGAGCGCCUGUUUGAGUGGCGCUUGCGGCAGGAUACAUGGUUGACAGUGGAUCGCUUCCAUACUCCAGACACUGAGGAUCAUCUCUUGGGUGGAGCUUUUGCUUUGGCGAAGGUCACCCUGUCGGUCCUGUGCAGCGUCUAUGUGGAGACUUGUUUCAAGUCGAGUCGAGCCCACCCCAUGAGAUUGCACGUGCAAAUGACGCAGGUGUCCUUCAGCAGCAUUAUUGCGGCCACCACGGGAUACUUAUUGAUUUGUAUCUUGCAUCAUGAGGAUCCAUCACAAUUUUUUAGUGGACAAGAUGGAUCCUGGACGCAGCGAACGUUGAUUGUUGCCGCAAUGUACUGUUGGAGAGAGUGGAUUUGCAGCCUUUGUGUAAAGCACUUUGACUCCUUGGUGAAGAAUAUCUGCAACGCUGUCUCUUUAGUGGUGACCUACAUGUUUACCGUCGCAGCUCGAGAGACGGAUUUUUCCAUCCUGAAGGCCAUGCUGCUGGUUGCAAUCGUUCUGGAGGUGAUCAAUUAUUGCUUCACCCGUAGAAACCCAGCGCCGGUGCCGGUGGAGCUUCCAGUGAAUCAGUAUAAAGCUAUGCUUCCAAAGGAUGCAUAGAAGUAGCACUGCUUCAAUUUUCGCUCUUGUCGCUUGGGUGAAGGGUAUUUUCUUAACACUUAGCACGGUGAAUGCAGGCAGAUGCCCACAGAGUUCUGCGUUUC